AUGCCCACGACGGAUGAUAAAGCCGCACAGGACAAGGCAAAUCUGACGAGAAUACGGGAAAACCAGAGACGUUCACGCGCACGGAGAAAGGAAUAUUUGCAAGAGCUGGAACAACGGAUUAGGGUGUAUGAACAGCAGGGGAUCGAAGCGUCGACAGAGAUUCAACAAGCGGCACGGAAAGUCGCAGAAGAGAACAGAAAGCUGCGAGCUUUACUUACACAACAAGGGGUCGAUGAGAGCAGCAUUGAAAGCUACCUCCACUCGCCCAAUGCAACUCCAGCUCAUGGGCUGUCGGCUGCGGCCGGAGAAAGCGUUUCUCAAGUGCUCGAUCAUCUUCUGGCUUCGCGGCACCCCAGUUUCGACUCUACUGGCACAUCAUUGACGCAAGCCACGGGACUUGACCCGGUAUCACGUCGGAGUAGUGCAUCGUAUGGUGCCGGAGCACUGACGAGCCAAUCUUCCCACGCGCAUCUCGCCUUGUCGAUGCCCGAGGUACAGCAGUCUGCGGCUAUUCAAACCUAUGGGUCUCUGGUCGUGAACAACGACACACAGGGUUUUUCUGCUCAUGUCAUGUCUGGAUUUGUGGAGGAUCCCAAGCAGGGCUUUGAUGUUAGGCCUCUACCACUCCAGGCAGAAAGUCCUCGGCCAACUAUGCAUCUAUCACGGCAAGCAGUGUCUGAUCCAACGGGCAUGUGGACAGAAGCGCCUCAAAUAUCGCCUAUUUCAUCAAUUCCACUCCAUGAUAACCAAAAUUCCCAAUCUCAUACUUAUAUGGAAAGGCCGGUCCAACUAUCUCAGAGACGCGCACAUACGUAUUCGGCAACUUGGUCAACACAGCUGGACUCUGGGCAAGAUAUUGACAACAGCGGAAUGCUCGACAAUGGAUUCACACCACUAGCGCCAGGAAAUCAUCCUCAGCAGAAUGGGUUUCCCGCCAGGGUUCAAGAAAACGGGUAUCAGGAGUUGGCGGACACAUCACAGCAGUUCCCAGAGAGCCGAGAGUCUCCGAAGCAUGACUGGAAUCAAAACUCAAAAUCCCAUUUUGUCAAGUCAGAGUUUGGUUUCCUAUAG